AUGGCCUUCAAACUUGAGCCAAUCGAAAUCGUAGCUAUCUGCUUAGCAUCCCUCGCUGUCCUCCUCAUAAUCUUCUACGCCCUAUACAAACUCACCAAAUCAUGUCGAACAUCCUCUUCAGCAUCUACCACGCCUAUACAUGAAUCUCGCGACCAGUACGGAUACGGUGGUGGUAAUGGAUAUGGAUAUGGUUAUGAUCAUGGAGUUCAUGAUCAUAAUCCAUAUAUGAAUUAUCCAUAUUCUGCUGGAUCUUCUUCCAAAGGAAUGGCGGCGGGUCGAAAUACACCUACACCUAUACCAAUUACUAUACAACCAUCACCUUCUACCGGACAUACUACGCUGGUUACUCCUUCUACCGCCAGCGGUGGAAAGAAUGGGAACGGACAUAAAUUGAAGAAAGGCGGUAUAGGGUUGAUACAUUCACCUUGGCAAUCAUCUAAUAAAGAUAAAGAUAAAGAAAAGGUAGAUAUGGAAGAAAAGUCCAAUGAUGAAUUGGUUGUAGUUACUUAUGAAGAUGGAUUAAGGAAAUUAGGUAUUCAACCUAUACGAGAGAUCCUACAAGGGGCCCAAGGGGGAGGGAUAACCCAAUAUAGAAACGUACCUCCAAUUAACACAAACGUGUCGUUCGUCAAUCCAAAUACCAAUUUAUAUACUUCUGCUUCCUCAUCUACGACUACACCGUCAGCGACGGCUACUCGACCGGAGAUGGUAGAGAGAGAAUCAUCGAGAAGGACAUACCAUUCCGUUGCUGGAAGGGGACACGGUGCGGGAAGAAGAGGAUAUACAAAUACGAUGGGUACGAUGGGUAGUAAUUUGUUGCCUAGUUAUUAUAUAGAAACGAAUGCGGGUGAUGAUUGA